AUGGGAGACGUUGCCGUGGAGAACCCGGCGAACAACGUCACGCCUCUUACCAAGCCAGGUGCGCUCGACGCCCUCGCCAACUUGGAUUCCCUCGAUGGCACGGGGGCUGAUGGAAACGAUGAAUAUGCUACCCUCAAGAGGCUACAGAGACAUCUCGAGUAUAUCCAACUCCAGGAGGAAUACAUCAAGGAUGAGCAGAGGAGCUUGAAGAGGGAACUGGUUCGGGCACAAGAAGAGAUCAAGCGCAUACAGAGUGUGCCAUUGGUCAUCGGACAGUUUAUGGAGGCAAUCGAUCAAAACACCGGCAUUGUGCAAAGCUCGACCGGUUCUAAUUACGUCGUCCGUAUCCUCUCCACUCUCGACCGCGAGAAGUUGAAGCCCUCAUCCUCGGUCGCCCUUCACCGUCACUCCAAUGCCCUUGUCGAUAUUCUUCCUCCCGAGGCUGACUCCUCUAUCGCGAUGCUCGGCGAGAACGAGAAACCCGAUGUGACAUACGCAGAUGUCGGUGGCUUGGAUAUGCAGAAACAGGAGAUUCGGGAGGCGGUCGAGCUGCCUUUGACACAUUUCGAACUCUACAAGCAAAUUGGUAUUGACCCUCCCCGUGGUGUCUUGCUCUAUGGCCCCCCGGAACCGGAAAGACCAUGCUGGUGA